GCUCCUCUCAUAUCUUUACCUGGAGAUGACGCCCUAUCAAUUAGCCAAUAACACACCUCUGACCCUUUCUCCUAAUUUCAUUCUCCCAGAGGAAAAGAGGCCAAACCUCUCAGAGGUACUUCCUUCUGAUUCAAUUCCCAUUAUCGACUUAAACGACCAUGAUAUUGAUUAUGGUCAAGGGCCAUCCCCGUUAGUUUCAAAAAUAUCACAAGCUUGUGAGGAAUAUGGUUUCUUUCAGAUUAUCAACCAUGGAGUCCCCAGAGAAUUAUGCCAAAAGGCGUUGGCUGUGGUGACGGAGUUCUUUCAAUUACCUCCCGAGGAAAGGGCGCAAUAUCUUACAAAAGAUCAUAGCAAGCAAGUAAAAGUGUUCAACUAUUACCAGAAGUAUGAAGGCAUAGGAAAGGUCACAAUGUGGAGUGAGACCUUCUCACACCCUUGGCAUCCUACUGAAGAUUUUACUCAUUUGUUACCCACAAAUCCUCCUCAGUAUCGAGAAGUUUUUGCCGAGUAUGCAAGGGCGAUUGGAGUUUUGUUUGAUAGGCUUUUGAGCUUGAUAUCCCGAGGGCUUGGCCUAGACAAGGAUUGUUUAAAGAGGAGGAUAGGUGAGAAGCCUGGGCUUCACACUCAAGCAAAUUACUAUCCAGCAUGUCCAGAUCCCGAGCUCACAAUGGGAUUGCCUGAUCAUAAUGAUCUUGGUUCAAUUACGGUACUCCUACAGGUGGAGGGAGUGACUGGCCUCCAAGUGAUCAAAGAUGGGAAAUGGUUAACCGUUGAUCCUGUGCCUGAUGCAUUCGUCAUCAAUUUGGCUGAUCAAACUCAGGUUCUUAGUAAUGGAAAGUUCAAGAGUGUAGGACACAGGGCUGUCACUAACAAGUUGUUGCCACGCUUGUCGUUAGGAAUGUUCUAUACACCAAAUAAUGACACUGUUAUUGGUCCAAUUGAGGAUUUGAUUGAUGAAGAGCACCCGCCAAAGUAUCGAAGAUAUAGUUUCAAGGAGUAUAUGGAAGAAUUUUAUAGGCAAGAAGGAAAGAAGAGGAGAGUAAAGGAAGCUUUUGAGUUGCAACGUUAAGAUUUUUUUUUUUUAAUAUAAAGAAUAAAAUUAGACGGUGUGAUCUUUGUUAAAUAAAUAAUGUAUUCAACGUCAUCAAAUAUAUAUAUAUAUAUAUAUAGUAUUCACCGUACUACACUAUACUGCACUACCGUUUUAUAUACUACCCUUUGUGUCCCUAGCUAGUUAAUGAGGUUCAUGAGGACAGCUCUGAUGUACGUUCAAGUUACGUGAAUAAAAAAUAUACUUUUUCUGUAUUUUUCUUUCCAA